CGCACUCUUCCGUUAAACACUCACACUACUUAUUACAUCCUUUUUUCUCCGUUCUACUUUCGGGGAACGAGUUAUGGUUCGCAGAGACAGGUCGUACUCUCCAGAUUCGUCGAAUAAAAGGGUAAGACACUCUCAUCGCUCUUCACCCCGGUCUCCAUCGCCAACGAGGCGCAGCUCCCAAAGGUCCAGCAAUAGGAAAUACGACGAUGAAAGAGACAGGGAUUGGGAUAGAGAUAGGGAACGUGACCGGGUGAGAGAAAGGGAUAGAGACAGAGAUAGGGAUAGGGACAGGGAUAGAGAACGGGACAGAGACAGAGACAGAUACCGGGACGACAGGCAUAAAGAAGACCGGAGAAGAGACCACAGAGACGAUAAACGUCUCUCCCCAUCCAGAGAACGUGACCGUGACCGUCGUCCAGCAUCACCUCGCAAAGACACUCCGAGAGACUCACCUGCUCCAGGCGCAACACCGGCACCAGCUACACCAGAGGACGAUGCCAUCAAAGCUAAACGCGCACGUCUCGAGGCAUGGAAGAAACAACGGGAAGCCCAAAAGGCCCUCGGUGAAGCCAAGGCAAAAGCUAUGGCCCUGGCUGGCAAAUCCGCUCCACCAGCACCCAACAACACCACCAACAACAAUGUCGAGCUUCCCACCAAACCAGCUCUCGCCGCCAUCAAAGGUCUCCCAGCAAAACCCGAAUUCGCUGCCGCCGGGUUCAAAGGUCUCCCUGUGAAACCCGACUUUGUUAGCACAAAACAGCUGACGAUGGAUGAUUCGGUGGAGACAAAGCGCAAGUUGGAGAAGCUGGAGGAUAUGCCUGCCGUGGAUAUGACUAUGGGUGGAGAAGGUGAACCCAGUGUCGGCGACCUUGAGGUGGAUGAUGAUGACGAAGAGGCUAAUAGGAUGGACCUUGCUAUCAAGAAAGCCGCCGCUGCCUCCGCCGCUAUGGACGUUGUCGAGGAGGACGAAGCUGAUCCUUUGGAUGCAUUCAUGAGUGGUGUGAAGGAGGAAGUGAAGAAGGUGAACUUGGAGGACAUGAAAAAAGCCGUGUCUUCUAACGGCCGACUUAGCAGACGUAUGGAUCAAGGCGACGACGAGGACGACAAUGUCGUGGAAGGUCCAGGUCCCGACGAACUUGACACCACCGAGCUCAAUCUGGAAGAUAUCCUUGCUCUCGCUGCGAAAAAGGCGAAGAAAAAAGACCUGGCUGCAGUCGACCAUUCUCGCGUCAAGUACGAAUCAUUUAGGAAGGAGUUUUAUGUUCCUCCGCCUGAUAUCGCUGCUAUGACUGAAGAAGAAGCUGAUCUUCUCCGUCUCGAAUUAGACAGUAUAAAGAUUCGUGGCUUGGACUGCCCCAAACCAGUUGUGAAAUGGAGUCAUUAUGGGCUUCCAGCAAACUGUCUCGAUGUCAUCAAAAAGCUCAACUAUACCGCCCCCACCUCUAUCCAAGCCCAAGCUAUCCCUGCCAUCAUGUCUGGACGGGACGUAAUUGGUGUCGCAAAAACGGGUUCAGGGAAGACGAUUGCUUUUCUAUUGCCUCUGUUUCGUCAUAUCAAGGACCAGCGUCCCUUAGAGCAGAUGGAGGGUCCCAUCGCGAUUGUAAUGACCCCAACGCGUGAACUGGCUGUGCAAAUCCAUCGAGAAUGUAAACCUUUCCUCAAGGUGAUGAAUCUUCGAGCCGUAUGCGCGUAUGGAGGUUCACCCAUCAAAGACCAGAUCGCCGAACUCAAGAAAGGUGCAGAAAUCAUCGUCUGCACCCCGGGCCGGAUGAUUGACCUCCUCACCGCCAAUUCUGGUCGCGUCACGAACCUCAAGCGAGUGACUUAUGUGGUUCUGGACGAAGCGGAUCGUAUGUUCGAUAUGGGUUUCGAGCCUCAAGUCAUGAAAAUUAUCAACAACGUCCGUCCCGACCGUCAGACUGUCCUCUUCUCCGCAACGUUCCCUAAACAGAUGGACUCUCUCGCACGGAAGAUCCUUCGAAAGCCGCUUGAGAUCACUGUCGGAGGUCGGUCUGUGGUCGCAGCAGAGAUUGAGCAGAUCGUCGAAGUUCGGGCAGAGGAUACCAAGUUCACGAGGCUGCUAGAGAUUCUGGGGCAGAUGUAUAACGAGGAUCCCGAGUGUCGUACGCUGGUCUUCGUCGAUAGACAAGAAGCCGCAGAUAACUUACUUCGCGAACUUAUGCGUAAGGGGUAUCUCUGUAUGUCGUUGCACGGAGGGAAGGACCAGGUUGAUCGUGAUUCGACGAUUGCGGAUUUCAAGGCCGGUGUGGUGCCGAUCGUUAUUGCUACUUCGGUUGCUGCAAGAGGGUUGGAUGUGAAGCAGUUGAAACUUGUCAUUAACUAUGAUGCACCGAAUCAUAUGGAGGAUUAUGUGCAUCGGGCGGGACGUACUGGAAGAGCAGGGAACAAGGGGACAUGUGUGACAUUCAUUACGCCAGAGCAGGACAGGUAUUCUGUGGAUAUAUACCGUGCGCUCAAAGCUAGUAAUGCAACCGUUCCCAAGGAUCUCGAGGAGCUAGCUAAUGGUUUCUUGGACAAACUCAAAACUGGGAAAGCACAAGCUGCAGGCUCUGGCUUCGGUGGUAAAGGUCUUGACCGGCUUGACAAGGAGCGCGACGCUAAAGAGAAGGCUGAACGUAAAGCUUAUGGUGAACCAGAGGAAGAAAAGCCUGCUGUCACGGAGGAAGCAGCCCCAGGCGGCGCCACCGCCAAUGCUGCCGCAGACGAUAUGACUUUCGGAAACUUCAAAGUCGAAAUCAAACGUGGUCCGGCACCGGAUUCUUCCAAGGGCUUACUGGGCGUCGCAGGCGCUGCUGCCGCUGCACGUAAACUCGCACAUGCCAAGGAGGAAGAGAAAAUACAAGCCCAAAUGCGUGCUGCUGAGGAAGCCGCCGCUCGUGCCGGCAAGGAUUCUCCUGCACAUAAACAAGCUUUGAGUGUGGUCGCGAAAUUGAACGCACAGCUGAGGGCGUCCAAGUUGGUCUUGCAGUCGCAGUUGGCGUUUGAACAGCAGGGUGGUGUAGUGGAUAAGAAGAACAAUCCUGAUUCAACGGACUUCCAUGCGAUAAUACCGAUUAAUGACUAUCCACAGAAGGCGAGGUGGAGAGUUACGAAUAAGGAGACGAUGGUUCAGCUCAUCGACAUGACUGGUGCUUCCGUCACGAACAAGGGAAUAUACUAUGAUCAAGGCAAAGAGCCUCCCCUCGACGGUCCUCCUAAACUCCACCUACUGGUCGAGUCAAACGAAGAGUAUAGAGUUGAACAAGCUGUUCGCGAAAUUAAACGAUUGCUUAUUGAGGCUUCUGCGGCUGCUCUUCAAGCCGAAAUGCGUAAUCCUACUGCAACUGGCAGGUAUAGUGUCCUAUAAGUGCAGAGUAUUCGUUAUUACAGUAUAUCCUAUUUACAAUCGACGUUAUAAAAUACUGUAAACAGUAAUGCAUCGUUCAAAUACAUUGAGGAUUCGAUCCAAUGGAAAAAACCGAGGUAAUCGGAGG